AUGUCCAAGGUCGCCUCCCUAUUCCACCCCAAGAGGUUGAACCUCUCUGGAUUCACCAACAUCCGAGUGAUCCGUGACAACAACAAGCGCAUGGCUGUUGAGCAGAAUGAGCCUGAACGCCAAGCCCUCCGCUACAUGAUCCGCAACACCUCUCUUCCUGGCCGUGUGCGCGCUCAAGCCCAGCUUCAACUCUCCCAGAUGCACGCCUACACUCGCCCAACACAGAUUAAGAACCGCUGUGUAGCAUCAGGACAUGCUCGCAGUGUGAUCCGCGACUUCAGACUCAACCGAUACCAAUUCCGUAUGCAGGCACUUGCCGGUCAUCUUCCUGGUGUCAAGAAGGCUAGUUGGUAA